GUCAUAAUACAUUAUGCGACCUACUAAUGUCAAAGUCAGUCAAAAUUUGAAGGUGUCUCAAGAUCAACACAAAGGUACUCCAAAAAAAUUACACCAAAUUCCAGUUCAAAAUUUGACCAGUAAACUGCAUUUUGGCGAUUAUGAAUGAAUUUCAAGACUGGGGAACCUCACAUUGACGCAGAUGUAAUUAUUAUUGGAGCUGGACUAGCAGGUUUAACUGCCGCCUACACAAUCCUUUCGCGAGAACCUUCCUUAAAUGUUCUGAUUUUGGAAGCUACAAGUUUGAAAUUACAUGAUUUUGGAAGCCGAUUAAUUAGUCCACAUUUAUUCUGAGACUGAGUGAUGCCGGCAAGAAAUAUGGUGCCACUUGCUACACAGCGUUCAGCACAAUUAUUUAAUUGUUGAAGGAAACAAAUCAUGCUGCCUAUGGAUUAUUUUUUGUGGUGGUGUGAAAUAACUAGUCUAUGGUGUUAGACCAAAGAAAGCCUACGUUUGCCUCCUGAUUGGAAAAAACUGUGACGCCGUGAUCGUCAUCAAAUGAAGGGGCUUGAUGAGAGAAACGCAAAAAUGUUGGAGGCAGGUAUAAAACGAUACGCAUGCUUAGUAAGAAUAAACGCACAAAAACCUUUGAAAUAGCUACCCACUGGAUUAACAAAGAUCAGCAUGAACUGUUGGAGCUGCUGGAAAAGCUGGAAACACCUUUCGUAAGCACUGUACUUCAGGGGUCUGUUAUCAAGGAAUGGAAUGGCAAGGAAAUAUGUGAACAUAGGCUGGGUAUGCUCAGUGAUUUGUCCUUUUCGGAACAAUUAGAACUAGCUUGUUUUUUAGUAAAGGUUGAAACAUAUUGUGUCAAUUUGGAGAAAACCUGGGAUAGGAUCCUCAUCAAUAAGCUGGCUAGCAUAACUUUUCAAGAAUAUAUAAACCAAAAUCUUCAUAGCGACAAGGUGAAAUGCUUUAUUGAGUACGUUGUCCUAAUUACUUGUGCCAUCCCACCAGAUAAGAUCUCAGCCUUUUUCUACAUAUUUUACUGCCUCUCGAACAGAAGUUUAGUGGACCAGAUGGUUAGCGAAAAGGGCACUAAUAGGUACAGAAUAAAAUCCAGUCACAAAAAUCUUUGUGAGAGAUUAGUCGAAAAAGUUGAUCCGAAUAUAAUAUUUUUUGGGGAGCCUGUUCUUGAAGUAGGAGUGUCCUCGAAGUUUGUGAAAGUUUCAACGAUUUAUGAUGAGGUGAAUUGUCUUGCAUUGAUUGUGGCUAUUCCUCCAUCUGACUUAUUGAAGAUAAAAUUCAAGCCCAAGCUUCCACAUACGAUAAUGGACAGCAUAUACAAUACUAUAUCAAGAAAUGUUACCACCUUCAUAGCUACGUAUCAAGAGGAGUUCUGGAGAAAAAAUGGUUUCACAGGAGAAGUGUACGUGUUUGACAGAAACUGUUCUGAAGGACCAAUUGUUAUUUGUUCUGGUUUGACCCCAGAGAAACCUGCACUUGUGGGAAGAUUGUAUGGCGGAAGACCAACCACUGAUAAGAAACACAUGUAUCGGGAUGCGGUGCUCAACCAGUUGAAGUCAUAUUUUGGUAAAGAAGCUCUACAGCCUCUUGACUACUAUGAAAAGACAUGGAGGGAAAAUGAAUGCAUGAUGCCUGUUUGGGAGGUUAAUAAUUGUGAAUACAUCGACUGCUUCAGAGUACCAGCUGGAAGAAUAUUUUGGGCUGGAGCAGAUACAUCGUUCGACUGGUAUGGCAGUCUAGCUGGCGCUGUAUGCUCAGGAAUCAAGGCUGGCAUUCAGGUCCUUUAUGAUAUGCGUCCAGCAACUCUAACACCAGAGGAUAUGGAUGUCUUGACUCUUAGCAAGUCGGAUCGACGACACAGGAGAACUCAAUAUGAGCAAGGCGGUCUGAGUCUUGGCUUGUACUAUUACGCGGCUUCGAAUUGGAAAAAAUACAUUUAUUCUGUAUUCGUUUUAAUGUUUGUAUUGUGGGCCUUGAAGAAAAUUUUGUGGAAACGCAAAUAAAACCAUAUGCGCAAA